AUGGCAAUUCUAAAUGGGUGUUUGUCUGAUGAGUUUGAUAUUCAGUCUGAUGAGGUCAAAUUCUUUGGAGCUUACAAAUCGACAAUGGGUCGCCCUAAAGGCAGUGGCACGGUGGAUGUCGAGGUCAUGCUUGAUGAUAAACCUUUGUUUAGGAUGAAGACUACGUGUAAAAUGAGCGCCAUACCGAUUGCAGAGUGGUACAAGACGUCCAUAGAUGCAACAGUCGACAAGACGAAUCCCGCGUGGCAAAACCCUGAUUGGUACAGCAAGCUCGAAGGAACCAUGACCGUCACUCAUGUGGAAGGCGAUGCCUUUGCCCGUGCGACAUGGACCAUAGAGUAUGAGAAGACCCGCCCUGAAAUCGACGACCCAACAUUCAUCAGGGACAAUUGCCUCGAGUUCUUUACGGAAUUGGAUGAGUCUCUUCUUGAGUGA